AGUUGCAGUUUAAAUGCAUCCGGAUUCGAACUUCCGAAGGUGAUGAGUAAACUCCUCCAUUAACAUGAAUGGAGAAAGCGGAGGCGCGGUUGUAUACAUUCAAAUACAUACUUGGAAAUAAUUAUGGGCGGCAGUGCAGUUAGAUCCCUAUUCAAUGCAGCAAAUGUACACAAAAUCAACAAGUGUCUGGUACAAUGUAUUCGCUCUAAACAUGGGCAACCUGUUGAAACUUCCACUCGGUUAAAAGGCCAGGACCUCUUAACCCUACAGAACUAUACACCUGAAGAAAUAAAAUAUUUGCUUUGGGUAGCAUCAGAUUUGAAAAAAAGAAUCAAACACAAAAAAGAGUAUUUACCUUUAUUACAAGGAAAAUCUUUAGCCCUGAUUUUUGAGAAAAGAAGCACAAGAACUAGAUUAUCUACAGAGACAGGAUUUGCACUUCUUGGAGGACAUCCAUGUUUCCUUACGGUACAAGAUAUUCAUCUGGGUGUCAAUGAAAGCAUCUCUGACACAGCACGGGUAUUGUCAACCAUGACAGAUGCAAUCCUGGCCAGAGUAUAUAAACAUUGUGAUCUAAUCACAUUGGCAGAAGAAGCCGUAAUCCCAGUGAUAAAUGGAUUGUCUGAUUCUGAUCAUCCUAUCCAGAUAUUAGCUGAUUAUCUUACACUUCAGGAACACUAUGGGUCUUUGAAUGGAUUGACCCUCAGUUGGAUAGGUGAUGGAAACAAUGUUCUGAACUCUAUUCUGUUGAGUGCUGCUAAAUUUGGGAUGAAUCUUCAUGUUGCUACUCCAAAGGGUUUUGAGCCAGAUUCUACAAUAAUCAAAAUAGCUGAAGAAUAUUCUAUAAAGUACUGCACCAAAUUGCUUCUCACAACUAACCCACUGGAAGCUGCCAAGGGGGCCAAUGUUUUAAUUACAGACACAUGGAUAAGUAUGGGGCAAGAAGAAGAAAAACAAAAGAGACUGAAGGCUUUCCAAGGUUAUCAAAUAACAAUGGAGACUGGGCAAGAGGCUGCUCCUGACUGGACUUUUUUACACUGCUUACCCAGAAAGCCAGAAGAAGUUAAUGAUGAAGUAUUUUAUUCUCCAAAGUCAUUGGUUUUUCAAGAGGCUGAAAACAGGAAAUGGACUAUUAUGGCUGUCAUGGUUUCCCUGCUGACCAAUUAUUCACCACAGCUGCAAAUGCCUACAUUUUGAUUUUGAGGUUUCUGCAAAAGAAAAUAUUCUUUACCAUCAAAAUAAUUUGCUGUAUAAAGGCACUUCUUCUUUCAAAACCAAGAUCAAACCAGUGGUAAUUAUUUAACAAAACUGCAAAAGUUCCUGUCAUAUUUUCAUACUGCAUCUGUUCUAUCAUUUAAACAUUGCAGCUGCAUUUCUUUUUCUGUUGCCUUCCUGUUCUGCAAUCUGCAUUUUGAUUAGAUUCCCAUAUAGUUAAUAUUUUAGCGAAUGGAUCAUUUCAAAAUCCAGACAAUGGUUUGACAUUGCAGAGGUAGAAGUGACCUCAUAAACAUGUCCUAGAGCCAUUACUGUAAAAAUCACUGCAGUUUUCUCAAAAGCUUUCUUAUUUCCCUGCUGAUCUUGGAGAGUAUGACCAGACAUGUUCCUGUGCAUGGGGGAGGGGGGCGGG